GUUCGAGAGGCAGAGAGCAAGCCACCUUCGGCCACUGCUGCACAGCAUCGCGCGGACAAUGCGAGACGCAAAACUGAGAAUCUGGAGGCUCGCAUCAAGAUUUACAAGGUGCAGCGCGACGGGAUCGCCGCUGCCAUGUCCGAGGCCGACAGCACCCUCGCCGACGCGAAGGUCGAGCUGGAGCGGCACAUCAAGAUGCUGUAUCGCGUCCAGCUGGAGCAGGUUCCUGACCCAGUGGCCGUCGGCCUUUCAGGGUUGGACUCCACCGCCACCGAGCGCCAGGAGGGCAAGGGCGCUUGGUUGUCCUGCAGCGCCUGCGCAGCGAGGCCAAGGCGCGGGUGGCCGCGGCGCAGAGCGGUGCGUCGGGCCCUGCGCAGCUUGGCGGGGCGGGCCUUGCUCCCGGGAGCGAUGGCGAUGGUGAUGGGGACUCUGUUGGGGGCGCUGCCGAAGAGCCCCCAGACGCCAAUGUGGAGCCCCCCAAAGCCGAAAACUAGUUUCAAGCGGGCGAUGGAAGAGCACGGCGCCCAGGCUGCCGUCACCGAGUACCUUGCCGAGCAUGAGGCCAAGCGGCAGCG